GUCUUUAACCAGUUUCGCAGUACUGGUGGGCAGGGUGAGAUCCAGCAAGAAGGGCAGGUUUCUCUGGAGAGUAUCCUGCAGAUGGGUGGCAGGCCAGGAUUGCUGCCUGCUGGCGUGCAGCACCGCUGUGCUUGGGUGUGGCAGGUGGAAAUGCUAGAGGUGAAGGUGUCUUUGCUAACAGCCUUUACACCUCAGACCAUUCAACAAACUCUGCAAAGGACACUGCAGUAUUUUGAGCAUCAAGUUAUUGGUUACAGGGAUGCAGAGAAGAACUUUCACAAUAUAUCAAACAGAUGCUCCUAUACAGACUGCUCUGGCAAUGAAGAAACUGAAGAUGUCUCAGGAAUUCUCCAGUGUACGGCGAAUGUACUUGGCUUGAAGUUUGAGGAAAUGCAAGAAAAGUUUGGGGAGGAAUUCUUCAAUAUCUGCUUUGAUGAAAAUGAAAGAGUUCUUCGAGCUGUGGGUGGGACCCUUCAGGAUUUCUUCAAUGGCUUUGAUGCUUUGCUGGAGCAUAUUAGAACUUCAUUUGGAAGACAGGCCACCCUGGAAUCUCCUUCUUUCCUAUGCAAAGAGCUCCCUGAAGGCAAUCUCAUGCUUCAUUACUUUCACCCGCAUCAGAUUGUGGGAUUUGCAAUGGUGGGGAUGAUAAAGGCAGCAGCAAAGAAGAUUUACCGCUUGGAAGUGGAAGUAGAACAGGUCACUAAUGAUAAGUUGUGUUCAGAGGGGACGAACCCAGGUAACUGCAGUUGUCUGACUUUCCUUAUCAAAGAACAUGAAAAUGCAAAUAUCACAAAAGCACUUCCACCAGGAACUUCCCAGUCCCCAUUAGACCUGAGGAUUAGCAUCAGCACCUUCUGCAGAGCUUUCCCCUUUCACCUGAUGUUUGAUCCGAACAUGCUAGUUCUCCAGCUUGGAGAAGGUCUUAGAAAGCAGCUCAGAUGUGACACUCAUAAAACUCUGAAAUUCCAAGACUGCUUCGACAUAGUUUCCCCUAAAAUCAGUGCCACGUUUGAACGAGUUCUCCUGAGAUUAUCUACUCCCUUUGUCAUACGGACCAAACUUGAGGAUUCUGGCUCUGAAAAUAAAGAUAAGGUGAUGGAAAUUAAAGGACAAAUGAUUCAUGUGCCAGAAUCAAAUUCAAUUUUGUUCCUGGGUUCCCCCUGUGUGGACAAGCUGGAUGAACUGAUGGGACGAGGCCUCCAUCUUUCAGACAUACCGAUCCAUGAUGCUACUCGAGAUGUCAUAUUGGUUGGGGAGCAAGCAAAGGCCCAGGAUGGCUUGAAAAAAAGAAUGGAUAAGCUGAAGGCAACGCUAGAAUGCACACACCAAGCCCUGGAAGAGGAGAAAAAGAAAACAGUAGAUCUCCUUAUUUCUAUUUUCCCUGAAGAAGUGGCUCAGCAGUUGUGGCAGGGGCAGCAGGUUCAGGCCAGGAAGUUUGAUGAUGUCACCAUGCUCUUCUCGGACAUUGUUGGCUUCACUGCCAUCUGUGCCCAGUGUACUCCCAUGCAGGUCAUCAGCAUGCUGAAUGAACUCUACACGCGGUUUGACCAUCAGUGUGGAUUCCUGGACAUCUAUAAG